GACCUGUUUCUCGGUUUCGAUUUCAGUUCAAUUAUACGGUCUGGUGUACCAAAACCCAAAACACAGCUGUUUUUAUUUCAGUGGCCUUAACGCAACUUCAACGUUUCUAGAACGCACCCGAACAAGAUCGCUCUUUGGACACCAAAAUAUUUUUGUUGAGUAAUUCCACUAGCAGAUAGCAACAGGUUGUCUUUCUACCGUCAGGUUGUGCUGAGUGCUGUCCCUCCCAAAAUGUCUCUCUCUAAGUCAGCAAAAAGGGUCGCCUACAAAUCUUUGGAAUCAUAUUUUAUACAGCUUUACACUAACCCUUUGCGCACUAAAUCUGUGACCAGCGCUAUCAUCUAUGUCUUGGGCAAUUAUACAUCUCAACGUAUUUCUGGAGCCAAAGUCACAGAAUUAAACAGCCUUUUAUCCUUUGGUGCCUAUGGUUUACUCUUUGGAGGGUCUAUUCCUCAUUAUUUCUUCCAAUGUCUUGAGUGGCUAGUACCUGGAAAGUCUGCGUUGGCCACCGUAAAACAAUUGUUGAUUCAAAGAUUAAUUUUUACACCACUUUACCAAUUGUUCACCUUGUACACCAUUUCUCGGUUUGAGGGACGGACUCACCGUCAAGCUGUACAGCAGCUUAUACCAAUUUAUGUACCAGUCCUUAUCGCCAAUUGGAAGUGGCUUACUGCUCUCAGCAUCAUCAACCUCACAGUUGUACCUCCUGUUCUACGAGUGGUCUUCAUGAACCUUGUUGGCUUUGUUUGGAGCAUCUACCUUGCCACUAAGAGGAGGAAGGCAUCUGAAAGGAGAGGGGGUGGAGCCAAGGGAGGAUCUCGACCCGGUUUGUAGAUGGUACUGUAUGUAUGCCUCAAAAUUGCCAAUUAUUUUGGGCGAAAUUAGUUAAACUUGUAACUGGGGGAAGAGAGGGGGUCACAUAUUUGUUAUAUUCUUAUACUCACAUUAUCUUUUAUAGUACUAUUUUAUAUUGUUUUGCUGUGGUAAUUUUGUUGAAUGUCAUUGUUACUCUAAUGUGGUCAGCACUUUCUGACCAUGUGGUUCCAAGAACCAUUGCCUAUGAACCACACUUGAUGUCUGAAGAUGCCAAUUUUGGAUUCUGAUGAACAAUUAUACUCUGUUGAUGCAUUUACUGGUGCUUUUGCAACCUUUGUAUGUUAGUGAUGACUUUGUGCCUUUUAAGUCAAUGAAUGAUAGGGUAGAAAUGAAAAAUUUGCUUGUUAUUAGAUCUGUGCUUUAAUGUUGGUGUUCAGCUGCACUUUGCAGAAAUGUAGAAUAGGUAAGAAAUUCAAAACUA